AUGCUUUCAGGAGAGGGGCGGCGAAGGCUUGUAGUUACAGCGGUGAGGACCUUGAGAGGGAGGGACUCCGGGGACUUCAUCGUGAGUGUGUUGUGUAGGCAUCCCUCUCUGACAGCCAUCCCAGCCAAUGUACCAACUGACACAGUCCACCUGGAGCUCACCUCUAUUUCACAGGUAUUUAGAGGAGCCUUUUCAAGCCUGCCAGACCUGGUAAAUCUAUGUAUUAAGUAUAACUCCAUCAGCAGUCUCCAGCCACAGAGUUUCACCAGUCUUACUUCCUUUCAUGAGUUGUGAUUGUAUGGGAACCUUCUGUCCACCUUCCCUUGGGAAGCAUUGAGGGACAUGCCCCGCCUUCAUACUUCAGAACAACACAACAACUGCCUGUCAUGAGUCCCUCCACAAGCUGCACAUUACCUUGGCAACACCACCUACCUGGACCUGUCAAGUAACAGGCUGAGUAAACUGCCAAAUAAGAUGACUGCACUCCAGCCCCUCAAUACCCAAAGUGAAACACAGCAUUCAGUGGUUCUAAAGGACUCUGUCUUCUCUUUGUCAAGCUUGCAGGAUAACCCCUGGCUCAGUCUCUGCAGACUGUCUUGCUUGCUAAACAUAAGGAAGGCCCUGGAUCCCUCUCUUGUUCUGCUGGAUCAGUUCCUGACAUGUACUGGGCCUCCCAGCUUGGCUGGAGUUCUCCAGAGCAUGGAGCUGCCACCCUGCCGUCAGUGACCUCUGGUGCUGACCUCUGCCACAAAGGCUUUGGCCAUAUGGGGGAGCAAUGUUUUGCUGUGCUGCGAUGCUGUUGGAUAUCUUACUCCCUCUCUCAUCUGGAUCAAAUCAGAUACACCCAACCUCUAUAGCACAGUUCUUCAGGAAUCUCCUCAUACAGAACUGUGCUGGUCUGGGAUCAGUCUAAAUGGGAUCUCAUAUAAGGAUGAUUGGAAAUAUUGCUGCAGGGCUCAGAACUCAGCAGGGACCUCAGAAGCCAUCAUCAGUCUGAAUGUGGUUGGAGUUAUCAGUAGAAAAUCUAAUUCCAAAAAACCUGCUACACCAACAAAGCUGAGCCACUCUGAGUGCAAGAGCAGUCAACUACUCAAAAUGGCCCUUGCUAGAAGCCUCACCCUAAGAUAAUCCUCUCCAUCCCCAAUUUAUGGACAAGAUGAAAAGAGUCAGAACCGACAGACAAAGCUGAUUAUUCAGACAAGAGCCCCCAAAUAGCUAGCCAA